AUGCCCUCUAGUCUCGAUAUUGUCGAUAUUCCUAUCCUCGUCAAGCUAACAUGGAACCUUCACAACCAAUGUCUUGUCCUUGGCAAGGAUGCUCCCGAUGGUUUCAAGAAGCUAGUGACUGAACUGGGCUCACUACAAGGCACAUUGCGCACCUUUGGCAAGAGUGUGAGCUCUACCACUUCCCUUUUUGAGAAGAUGGAUGAAGAUCGAAAACAAACGCUCCAAGGAUCCCUCGGUGCUUGCUUUGCGACCCUUCACGGUUUAAAAGAGGUUCUUGCUCGGUUCAAAGGCCUUGAUUCCAGCGAUGGACACAGUAUUUGGCGAAGGAUCAAAUGGGCGACCCAACGGACCCACAUCGAGGAUAUCAGAUCCAAGAUCAUGGUUCACACUUGCAAUCUGAGUCUAUGCUUAAGCUCUGUUGGAAAUACCUCGCUUGCUCGGAUAGAGAAAUCCAUGGAGCUGGCAAUAGAGGAAGAUCAGCAAAUCGUUUUUAGUACCGAACCAUCUCCCGUCCGGGAAACUGACUCUAUAGUCUCUCCCAUGAGCCCUGGGGUGGUGGAAUUACCGGCAAAUAACGAGGAUGAACCUGAAGUCGACAUCAUUCAGCCAGUUCGCACCAAAGUCUGUGAACUAGCCGACAACAGAGUCUCUAUUGAUGGUGCUAAAAAAACCAAGCAUACUUCCACAUCCUCCGAAUCAGAGAUCACCGGAUCCGACGUAUCACUGUACGAUGAAACUUCGCUAACGUCUUGGUUAUCUUUGAACACGUCCCCGCCUCUUUCUAUUGUAGGAAGAAUAGGCCAUUCUUGGAUGCGGAGCGAACAACUUCUCUUUGAUGGUUCUAUUGACGAACGGGCACUCGAUGGUGGGAUUUGGGCAAAUGACAGGUUUUUGGACGAGAAGCGGGUCUUGCAAUAUUCGGAAGGUUUCGGUUCUACUGACUAUGGCCACCCCCGUGUAAUGGAAGCCGUGACGUCUGCGGUGCAGCAGCUCCAUCAUGUUCGUUGCCAGGAAAAUGUGCUACGUCCACUUCGCUUUGAGCCACAGAAUCAAUUACACAAACCAUCUUCUGGGAUACUGAAGGUUUUCCAGGCUUCGGUCCUUGACGAUUCGCGAAUCAGGAGGCUAGUUACAAGAGACUGGCUCCGUGUUUCUAUGUGGUGGCUAUUGAAGGCACGUGCAACUCUCGCAAACUGCAGCAGGCAUAUCUAUGUCAGCGCCCGGGGCAGCCUGACCCCUUCCUCGGAAUCAAAAUGUAACGGCAAUCAAGCCUAUCUCGAUCUCCUCAAGGCUUCAUAUAUUUUGUACGAUAUCGUUCUAGCAGACGUUGUCUGUUCUGGCUUUUUGUUCGACGAGGAUCGCAAGUCAAUCAUUGAACUUUCGGAGGGUAUCAAUGAAGAACUCUCUCAAUACACAUCAGUCGACAUCCCCGAGCUCUCUAGUUUGCAGACCCAGAACAUGGAUAUCUGGGAGUCUAUGCAACCAGAAGAAAUCGGAGAUAGCGGCAUGGAUCCAGAUCUUGGUUUAGAUAAUCUACGAUGGAUUGCUGUCGACUUGGAGGAUGCAGGCAGUGAGCAAGAAAAGGUCCUGUACCGCACAUUUGUCAACGCCAGCAUAGGGAGCAAGAAGUCCCGCAUGCGAACUAAGAGUGCUCCAUACAUGCUGUUACUUGCAACCCGAGAAGGUGAAAGUGAGCCGAAGAUUAUCAUUUGCAACCAAAGUGGCACUCUGUGUCUCGAACGAGAUCUUGUUCUGGAUGACUUACCACCCCUCGUACAAUUGUCAAAUUCCACCUUGACUGGCUUCCCGAGCGCCCGAAUUUCGGAACCUGUGCCGUUCAAAUUCGAGGAAAUGAGAGUGUCGAUCUCAUUCCAGUAUGAGGCUGAUGUCAGUAAUUGUAUUAACAUACCAAAAACCUACUUCGAUGCUGUAUUGCAAAGAGAGCCGGUCGAUGCUGCAAAUUUCACUGAAAGUGUCAUCUUCAAGAGCUCCGUGGAGGUUUUUGAGCAGCUAAACCCACCGACCAUGAAAUCGCUGAACCCUCCUAUAGUAGUGAAGUCCUGUGAGGUGCGCGUCCUCGAACGGUCGUUUGGAGAGGCUUGGCGAUCUAUCCGCCGCAUGGUGAUCAGUUCCUCCGCUGCAGACAAGGCCCCGAGAACAAUGGAGCUCUUUAUGCCUCUCAGCGGAGUGCAGAUCAAACGCGCAAAGUUCUCCCGCCAAGUUCUUUUGCAAUGGUCCGACACAUGCCAGGCACGAUGUGACAAAACUGACGGCAAUCACAACACCGUACACUCAUAUGUGUACGAUGAUACGGCACCUAAUUUGGGUGUUGGUAUACAAUUUUCGAGACAAGAACUGGCAGAAGACUUUGAGAGAACCAUUCUCGAAAUGAAAUUCCGGUCUGGCUUUUCCUGGUCACAGCCCGGUAGCUCUGGUUGUGUUUACGAUAUCCUUGAUUCUGGUAUAGAACAUACACAAUACAAGGCUGCACUGGUGUUUCGAAAUCGCACAUCGUGGCGAUGCUCUGAUCUAUACUUCAUUUACCUGGACGCCGAUUAUUCAUACGACCAUUCCUCGCAUAGCAUUUGUCUUCCCCGCGUUUAUUGCACGGAGUAUAUCUCCACACAUACAGAUCAGCUCUAUCAGCCAGAAAGCCCCGUCACAUUCUCGCAUUGCGAGAAGAAGACCGCCCAAACGACAAUUGAAUUUGGCAGCGAAAUUGUGGCUCGCUCAUUCCUCAGCUCCCUUUCCCCUUUGUAUGAGCUUCUCUACUCUCGUCGUGUCCAGACUGUGUCCACAAAAGCGAACUCACUUCUUGGGUUUCAAAAGCUUGGUAAAGGUAGCGUUGAGGCUCAAUUAUGGUGCCGGGGGACGACAUUUCAACUUGCUGCUCGAUGGGAUGAUACUGUAUUGGAUAAGUGGCUUACUUUGACUAUUCCUUCGGCUUUCAUUGAUUCUUCAAAAGAGAAUGGCCGCGUUAUUCUCCCUCGGUUGCCGUACUUGCGUGGCACAGCACUGGACAUGAUAAACGUCAUGGCUCGAAGUCCAAAGAAUCCAAACGUCAAAAACAAAGAUGCGGCCGUUUCAAUUUCUUUCCAGGAUAGUGAAGACCGAGAGGAGUUCCUUGCUGUUUUACAUGGGCGCAGUUGCCCCAAAUUUCUAUAG